ACAUCGAAAAAAGAGGAUCCUAGCUGGGAGACGAGGCUGGACUGCCAGGGAAGAAAAUGAGCAUGGGAAUGGCAGCGGGGUCUGACAUUUUCCCAGCCAGCAUUGUCUGGUGGUGCUGAGAUGAGGUGUGAGGAGGAAGAAAGAGGGAGGAAAGCGCGCGAGAACCCCUCCCCCUCUCUUUUCCCCUUCGCGCUGUAGGGAGGAUGGCACGGCGCGAGUAGCUUUAGAGCCUCUGGUGCCGGCAGAGAAAAGCAAUAGAGGGGGGAGAGCUGCUGGAAGAACCGGGGAAGCGGCAGCAGUCCUUCUUCCCUGCGUGCUCCAACCAGCGGCGGCUCGGCAAGAGCCUCUUCUCUUUGCGGUUCUCCACAGCCGAGGUGGAAAGAGCCGCUCGCUGCGCUCCCGCCGCCGUUGCAGGUUCUGGGGCUGAGAGCGUGGCGCCCUGCAGGAAGGAGUGGGCGGGCUGUGUUGGGCCAGUGUGUGCCCGGCACACGCAAAAGGACCCGUUCUGCUGCCGCUAGUGCCGCCUGGAUGCCAGAGGCUCCUCAGGAGCCGGUGGCCGAAGGCACUCAGCAGCAGCUGAAGGAAAGAAGCGGAGGAGGAGGAAAAAGAAGGGAAGGAGGGUGACAAUCCCGGGCACGGAGCGGGGACGUCGCGGCCGGCUUGCCAUGGCCUCCAACUUUAACGAUAUCGUCAAGCAGGGCUAUGUGAAAAUCCGCAGCAGGAAGCUUGGGAUUUUCAGAAGAUGUUGGAUGGUUUUCAAGAAAGCCUCAAGUAAAGGACCUAGAAGGCUAGAAAAAUUUCCAGAUGAAAAGGCAGCAUAUUUCAGAAAUUUUCACAAGGUAACUGAGCUGCACAACAUCAAAAACAUAACCAGACUGCCUCGAGAGACAAAGAAGCAUGCAGUGGCAAUUAUCUUCCAUGAUGAGACAUCAAAGACAUUUGCCUGUGAGUCAGAGCUUGAGGCAGAAGAAUGGUGCAAACAUCUUUGUAUAGAAUGUCUGGGAACCAGGCUUAAUGAUAUAAGCCUUGGUGAGCCUGAUCUACUUGCUGCUGGAGUUCAGAGAGAACAAAAUGAGCGUUUCAAUGUAUACCUUAUGCCUACACCAAAUUUAGAUAUCUAUGGGGAAUGUACAAUGCAGAUUACACAUGAAAACAUCUAUCUCUGGGAUAUCCACAAUGCUAAAGUGAAGCUGGUGAUGUGGCCUCUCAGUUCUCUGAGAAGAUACGGGCGUGACUCAACAUGGUUCACAUUUGAAUCUGGAAGGAUGUGUGACACAGGAGAGGGGCUGUUCACCUUUCAGACAAGGGAAGGCGAGAUGAUCUAUCAGAAAGUCCAUUCUGCAACAUUGGCAAUAGCUGAACAACAUGAAAGAUUGAUGAUGGAGAUGGAACAAAAAGCACGGCUCCAGACCAGUUUGACUGAACCAAUGACAUUACCCAAGUCAAUCUCACUCCCUCGUAGUGCAUAUUGGCAUCACAUCACUCGGCAGAACAGUGUAGGAGAAAUCUACAGUUUACAAGGUCACAGUUUCAGCUCAACAAAGGUGGCUCGUGCACAGACAUUUCCCAGCUACGCCUCAGAGCAGGAUGAGGAGCAUAGGCCACGCCUAUCACUGUCUAGCAGCUAUGGAUUCAGCUACAGCUCAGGCCUCAUCCAAUGACACACACCUUGGGUCUCACCAGAGAGACAAUCUAGUGUGGAACCUCCUGCCUGCAGGCCCUGGAAACCACUUGUCCUCUUCUUGGCGUCCACAGAAGAGAAGCCGUACUAAAAACUGAGAACACAUGUCUCCAAGCUGCAACAGUGAAUGUGAAAGCUUGGAUCACUGCUUCCUCGAGGCAGAGUAUGUGUUUUAUUUAUUUAACUUUUGUAUUUGUUUUUGUCCAUAUUUUUUUUUAAAAAAAAAGAUGAUGAAGAAAUAAUUCCCUUUGUAAUCUGGAUGGUGUGCAGCUGAGGUUUCUGCAUGACCACAAACACUACCUGUUCGGGGGGGGAGGGGGCAUAACAUUACAUUUUCAGUGCGAGGCUCUUUCCAAUCAACUCUGUUAUCCAGUUUCCUCAUCCACAACAGUAGCCACCUUUAUGUCCUAGGCAUCGACCCACCAGCUUGGUCAUUCUAACAUAAACGGUAUCAGACAAAUAAAACUUUAAAAGAUACUUCAGAAGAACAGAUACACAGUUUAUUCCCAUUGACCUCGAUGGGAUUUAUGCAUGAAUAAUUUUGGGAGAGCUGUAGCCCAGAGAUGCAAUUCUGAGAAGGAGUCAGUGACUCUCAUCAAAUUCUCAUCACUACAUUUAAUACACAGGAUAAAUAUAUAGACAGAUACUGUCAGUGGGAUGGCAGGGCAAUGCUUCGUAGCCUUUCAGAAAAUAGAUGUGUAUUAAGAGAUAAUUGGUCAUUUACCUACCCACACUGAAUUUUGAUGCCCAGAUUCUGCUGUUGUGUACUCUGAACCUAAUAAUCCAGGGAAGAUUGUGUCACAAUACAUUGUCAAAGUUUUCCCAUUGUAGUUAAUAUUUGAAUGGUGACGUCUGGAUUUAUAGUCAGUAUACUUUUAAUUCUGUAUACUGUGCAGGUGCGAACUGAUACUACAUUGCUGAGCAGCAGCCCAUAUAGUUUUAUAGGACAAGAUGCUUGGCUGGAAGAAAUAAGUAUAAUUUCAAGUUCGGUUCUUAUUAUUUAAAUCUUAUUAGCUAACAAUAUAGAUCAGUUUUUAACAUUUAUUUUACUCCAGAUUGUUUUGCUUGAUGUCUAAUUCAGCUAUACAGCCAUAGUUUAGUCAUGAUUUAAGGUGGCAUGCGGACAGCAGUUUAUUCCAUUUUCCCAAUGUUUCCUUACCUGAUACUUUCUGUAUUUUAUUUGAUCUUUCACAUGAUAUAAAAGCCACUUCUGGAAAUCCAGCAGAAUGUAGUGGAAGUUUAGUGCUCAUUUGUGUGUUAAUUAUGCCCAGAAAAAAACUGUUUGCUACCCCAUUAACCCAGAAAAUUGCAGGAACAAAUUUGGGGCAGUAUACUUACGUACAGUUCUUUCUCACCAUUUUCAUAGGGAAACAUAGGGCAAACAGAAGUGCAUAUGUGGAAAAUCAUAGAAU